AUGAAUAUCUGGUUAAUUUUAAUUUGGAUUCUAAUUUCGGCUCUCUAUGCCUAUUUGAAGCUGAGAACAUCUUAUUGGGAGGUGAAAGGAGUAUCCCAGCUGAAAACUGGAAUAUGGGGUAAUAUUCGGAGAAUCACCACUAUGCAUCAUACCGAUCUGUGGCAGGAGGUCUACGAUGAAUUCAAGGAUAAGGUAAAAAUUGCCGGAACCUAUUGGUAUACCCGACCCGUUGCCGUAAUUCUUGAUUUGGAUUUGGUGAAGACGAUCCUGAUUAAGGACUUCAAUAAAUUUACGGAUCGUUUCCCGCAGCACAAUACACACGAUGUUUUGAGUCAACAUUUGUUCAGUGCCGAUAGUAAAAUAUGGAAGGGGCUGAGAACGAAACUGACGCCCACCUUUACAUCGGGAAAAAUGAAAUUUAUGUUCCCCACCCUGGUAGAGGUCUCGCAGAAAUAUGUGACUGCCUUAGAUGCGGAGUUGAAGGCAAAACCCGAUCAGUGUUUGGAAAUGUACGACUGGAAUGGCCGCUUCACCACCGAUGUCAUUGGCAGCGUCAUCUUUGGCAUAGAGACGAAUAGCAUCCGCAAUCCCAAUGCCGAAUUCCGAAUUAUAGGCCAAAAGGUAUUCGGUUCGGAAAAACCGAAUAUCAAAUUGAGUAUGGCAAAGAGGGUGUACAUGAAAUAUUUACGAUAUUUUGGGGCGAAACGUUUUGCUCCCGAUGUAGAGGAAUUCUUUUUGCGUAUUGUUAAUGACACCGUAUUGGAGCGGGAGAGACGGAAUAUUCGCCGCAAUGACUUCAUUGAUAUUUUAAUUGAGCUGAAAAAUCAAAAGGAUGAAAAUGGCCAGUCGUUAUUGAGUUUGGAAUUGGUGGCAGCCCAGCUGUUUGUAUUCUUCGUGGCCGGGUUUGAGACCUCUUCGAGCAAUAUGAGUUAUGGCCUAUAUGAAUUGGCCAAGAAUCCCGAUAAACAGGAUAUUCUAAGGCAAGAAAUUUUGGAUGUUCUCGAGAAACACAAUAAUCAGCUGACCUAUGAGGGAAUGUUGGAAAUGUCCUACUUGGAUCAGGUGAUAUCAGAAACCCUACGCCUCUAUCCCGCCUUAUCGUUUUUGCAACGCAUCUGCAUGGAAGACUAUCAUGUGCCCGAUAUGGAUAUUGUCUUGGAAAAGGGUACUCCUGUGGCCAUACCGGUCAAAGCCAUACACUAUGAUCCAGAGAUCUAUGAAAAUCCCACAGCAUUUAUACCGGAACGUUUCCACCCAUCAGAGGUGCAACAACGCCAUCCACAAUCAUUUUUGGGCUUCGGUGAUGGUCCCCGUAAUUGUAUUGGUUUACGUUUUGGCCGUAUGCAGGCGAAGGUCGGCCUUAUUGCCCUAUUAUCGAAAUAUCGUUUUUCAGUAUCAUCCAAGACAUUGGAUAAAAUGCACAUCUCAGAACAUAGUUUUGUAAUGGUACCGGGCAAGGGGGUGUGGUUGAAAGUGGAGAAAAUUUAA